AUGAUACGAGAGUUUUACGAUAGCACUGAUGAAGAUGAAAUGGAAAGCCAGUAUGAGGUAGAUCCAGAAUGCCUUGUUCUGACAAGACCUGAUCGCGACAUGCAUAACCGUUGCUGUGGUGGGAAGGCUUGGUGCAUUAGAGAUAUAUGCGGCAUCAUAUGCGCUGUGCUGACUUGGCUGCUGAUACUGUACGCCGAGUUCGUGGUGAUGAUGGUGAUGUUGCUUCCGGGCGUAUCGACGUAUCCGCUGUACAGUUACAUUAACAUCAUCAUAUUCCAGAGUCUCGCUUUCCUCGCGUUCGCUUCGCAUCUACGCACGAUGUUCACGGAUCCGGGUGCCGUACCAAAAGGCAACGCGACGAAGGAGAUGAUAAAGCAGAUGAGCUUCCGCGAGGGUCAGGUGAUAUUCAAGUGCACCAAGUGUUGCAGCAUCAAGCCGGAAAGGGCGCACCACUGCUCCGUGUGCCAGCGGUGCAUUAGGAAGAUGGAUCACCACUGCCCGUGGGUCAAUAACUGCGUUGGGGAGAACAAUCAGAAGUACUUUGUGUUGUUCACGUUCUACAUAGCGGCGAUCUCGAUCCACUCGCUCACGCUCUCCGUGUACCAGUUCGUGACGUGCAUCCGGCACGAGUGGCGCGACUGCAGCACGUACUCGCCGCCGGCCACCGUGGUGCUGCUGCUGUUCCUCAUCGCCGAGGCGCUGCUCUUCGCUAUAUUCACCGCGGUGAUGCUCGGCACGCAGCUGCACGCCAUAUGGAACGAUGAGACGGGCAUCGAGCAACUGAAAAAGGAGCAAGCUCGUUGGAUCCGCAAGUCGCGAUGGAAGAGCAUACAAUCCGUGUUUGGAAGGUUCUCGAUUCUAUGGUUCUCGCCUUUCACGCAACCGUCACCUAAAACAAAACUAGAAAGCUAUUUAUACAGCGUUUAACAUAAUACCCACGUUCCUUCUUCGGUCACAAGAAAAAGGAACGCCCAAGAUUGAUUAAUGGUUUGACACCCGAUAUUAAUGAGAAAUAAUAACGUACGACAAUAUGUUUUCCGCCGUGUACACCAUAAAUAAAAAUGGUAGAUGCUAACUUUUAUUGUCUAUUGUGUAUUGGCAAAACAUCAAAGGAUAAUUAUGACAAAUUUAAUGAAAGAAGAAUAAUGCGGUUAUUUUGACAGUUUAGAUAAAUUGGAUACCGAAUGGCAAAAAUGUCUGGUAAAAUCCCAGAAAACCAUGUGAUACCGGAGGAGUAAUUUGACGUCUAAAUGCAGUUAUAAUUCUAUUGUGUGAAGAUGUUGGUCGUCUAGCGCCAUCUCUUUCCCGUACUGGAGUUAGUACUAUUUUAAGACGUAACGGAUACCUCCUGAAAUUAGAAAUUUUCUAUAUACAAUUUACCCAGUGUUGUAAUUUUCUAGUGGUGUCUUACUAUUAUUGAAGUUAUUGUUCGAAACAAGAACUAUGAUAUAACGUUACUUGUUUCUCGUGACAAAUGAAGGAUAUAGAGAAAAUAGUAUUAUUUAUAGAUUUUUGGGUAGUCAGGCCUAGACUUGUGUACUGUUUAGCUUCGGUGGCUUUCAAGGUUCGGUAAGUCGGUGAGCUACUUUUAGUAUCCACUGUCAUUGAUACAUCUUUUAAGUGCAUAUCAAGUGCUUGUGCGAAUAGACUAUUAAUCUCCCGUGAAAUAAAUAAUUCAGCUUUACGCUGCUCGAAGGACCACUCUUUACAGGCCGUUCAGAGUAAUAUUGGACUUUUGCAGACACAUGUUAGUCAUUGAUAUUGACUUCGAAACUGAUAGAAUAAUAAAUUGAUGAUUUCUCGUCCCUUUCAAUGACAGAUGAAUACGAAGACGAGUCAUAUAUUUUUUGAUCUGUACCAUCAGCCUAGACUACCCAAAAAUCGCGUCAAAUGUAUAUUUAAGACGUUAAUUCGUGAUCAUAAUCAGCGUUAUUAGAAGCAAUAACAUCUUUAUGUUAUAGAUGUAUUUAUUUAUUUGUAACUCGACUGAUGUGGUAAAUAUAAGUAUGUAAGUGGAAUAUUUGUACGGAUCACCUCCUAUAGAAAUGUAUGAUAUAUCUCUUUUUACUAAGGAUAUAUUGUUUUAGUAGAAACCGAAAUAAAUUCCCUAUUAAAAAGGAAAUAGUCCUUAAGCAAAAUCGGUGUUUUGAUUGUAAAUAAGGUGUAAGCCGCUUUUUGUUCACUGUUUAAUUUUUUCGUGUAUCUUUUUCAUUCUUCGCACGCUAUUUUUGUACUAAAGUACACAAAUAGUACAGUAGCACUUCACUGUGUAAGUACUAAUUAUCUAACACGGAACACUAAGUUACAUUAGUGCUUAUGUGUAAUGCGUCGUCUAGAGGAGGUGAUCCGUUAUCUAUCUCACUCUGACAUCAGUGUUGUCGUACGUUAGAGCGAGAUAAACGACUGCCUUAAUUCGAUUAGACUAUUGCAAAUAUAUCUUUAAUUUUUUCGGGUAUUUUAUAUAUGACUUUUAGAACUAUAAUCUAUUGUUGUGUUUGAAUAUGUCAUAAAUACCUCUUUGUAGGACCAAUACUGUAUGUUAGAGUGAGAAAAAAAAUGCGAUUAACAUUGGUAUUUUUAGGAGAACAAAUUAGAAAGCAUUAUUUGUUAUCAGACAAUGUUAUGCUCAUUUUCGAGGAUAUUAUCUGUUAGCUGUCUCACUCUAACGCUAUGAAUGUGAUAGGUUACAAUGAGAGAAAUAGUAUGCCGUUUGUGUCGAUUAGAAAAUUACAUUGAUGAAGAAAUAGAAAAGUACAUCGUUGAUUUUUCUGGAAUUUUCCACAGGAUAUCUUAAUUUUUAUUUAAUAUUAUUUGAUCGUAAACUGCAAUGCAAAAACAUAUGUAACAUGAAUUAUUUGUUGUCUCCCUCUAACGACCAUAUUUUGGCGUGUUAGAACGAGAUGCAAUAGUGUGGUUGAGUUUUCUUCAAAUUUUUCUAUUCGUUGGGAGUGUAUUUGGUGGCAGGCCAUCGGAUGUUUUCGUAAUGAUGCGUAGAUAAACGCUUUGUGUCAGUUAAAUCGAUUCAUAUGCAGAUUAAUAUAAUAACAAAUUUUGUAUAAAGCUUUUCGCUUACUAUAAUAAUGUUGUUUCAUGAAUUAAUUGUAUCGACGAUCAAUAUAUAUAAAGAAAUAACUUAGAACUAUUUCAACUAAAUAAGUUAUUUUUAAAAUUGAAGCAAACAAUAUUAUCGUUUAUCCUCCAUCAAGACGUGACCGUUUUAUAGAAGUCUAUCGUUUGUCCGCGGCUUCGCUCGUGUUAAAUUCGGAGUAGUUUAAAAGAUGUUAUUGUACAUGAAAAAUAUCCCCUUGAAUCACUCUAUCUAUGAAAAAAAACCCCAUCAAAAUCCAUUGUGUAGUUUAAAACAUUCUAAGCAUACAUACAUACAGGCGCGGGAAGCUACUUUGCUUUAUACUAUGUAGCGAUAUCGAUAUAAUUGGCUGCAUAAUUUGUGUGCAAUCGUGAGUGACAGUUCUCAUUCAUGAUAAUAGUUAAUAGCUUUUGGAAAACAUUGUUCAGUAAGGAAAAAAAAUAAUUUUUAUUACAUAAUGUUAUUAUUAUAUUGUUGGUUCUUUCCAUACGGGAGUCUAUUUAUAACGGUAUAUAUAACUGUAACCAAUAGGUUAUAUGGGAUAACACCGUAACUGACCGAAAUUAGUAGUCUAAUGACCGCAUAGGAGAAAUAUUCGUAAUUCGUCGUGCAAUUAUGUCAUGAAACAAUUUUAGAGUUCAAAAUGCUCUUUCGAAUUGUCGUUCUCUAUCCCAGUUGUGUAACUGACGCAUAUGUGUAACGCAUAUGCGUGCGUUGCGUACUUCAUCAAGUCUUGUGUGUGUUUGACAUCGAUGGUUAAUAAUUAAGGGAAUAUAAUAUAUAAAAAGUAGAACAAACAUAAGAUCUCAUAAGUUUACGAGUUUCGGAGCACUAAAUACACACUUUGAUAUUUGUUAAGGAAUUGUAUACAAUGUGUGAAUUGAGCCUAUUCCGUUUAACACUGGUCAUAUAUUGUUAUAUUUUGGUAAUCAUAAUAUUUAUUCAUUGCACACUGUCGUAUUUAAUCUAAUUAUCUUUUUGUUUGGAAAGCUUUGACGUUUCGGCUACUUAAUAUAUAUAUGGAUUAAGUAAUUCACGAAAAUUGAAAGAUUUCUUUUAAUGCCGUCGGCUUCUUAACUAGAACAGCUGUUGUUUAUAAAUUUAUAUUAAAAUAUUGUUAAUCAUACGUUAGGUAGAUUAUAGAGCAUUAUUAUAAUCAAUUGACGUUAAUAAUAAUUUUGGUAAAUCCGGAAAUGAAAUCACGAUCUUCCAUUUGUAGUUUUUUCAGGAAUACGGUGGAAAAAAUCGUUAUGGACUGGUGAUAUUUGAAAACAACACGACGUUGCGAAAUCUUACAAUUAUUCUAAAUUGAAAAUAAAUUUACCGAAUGAUUAUUCGUUAUUGCGAUAUAUUUUUAUCGCAGCUGGAUUUUUUCUAUUAUCGAAUUACGAUUUAAAUUCUGAUUAAGCGCACAUAUUGUAUCGUGAUUACUUGUCAUUUUGUUUUUAUUAUCUGUAAUGUUCUGAUACAGAUUUCGAGAAAUCAUCCUGACAGUUGCGUUACCGUUUCAAGUAUAUCGUCGUUGUUUUGAAAUACCACUACACUAUCCAAGGACAGUUUCUGAAAAUAUAGAAGUCGUUUGAAUUAUUCGCUUGCUUGUUAUAAUAUUUAUUUCAGUAGUGUAAUUUAUGGGUUGCUUUUUGGAUAAUAUUAACGGGCUAUGCGUUAGGGGUAUUAGUAGAAUUACAAAUUUAGACUAAGAUGGUAUUUUACUGUAAGAUGCCUUUUGUAAUAUAAGGUGAAAGUUACUCCACGCGAAAACUAAUGCGUCCCAGGUAAAAGUUAGCCGUGAAUUAUUAGAUUAAGUUUCUGUUAACUGUUAGACGCGUUGAAGCAAUCGAUUCAAACGAUGAAAGAUUCCAAAACGUUACCAGUUUUUGACGAAAUCGAUAAUUGAUAGUAAACCUUGUGUCCAUUGGUUAUUGGUUAAAUUUUGCGUGGUGGAACAUCACGACAUGUACCGUAUAAAUGAUUUUUGAGAACGUUGAAAUUGACAGGGACCGUUGUAUAACGCUUACUAGCACGCCGAUACGAAAAUCGUGUUGCCUUACUCACAAGCUGCCUAAUUACCAUGCGUUUAAUCGUUAAACGCACACCUACAUCGAUAACAGAGCAAUAGAGGUUUAAAUAAGACCCGUGUAUUAAAUCUUAUCAGUACAGUUGUUGACGCAUUAGAUUAAGGGGGCAGAGGUGACGUAUACACCGCAACUUAUUCUAAAGAUGAACGCUUUAUAUUAGAAGGUCGUGCGAAAUUUCGACUUUACUGUUAGUAUGGUGCCUUGAAAUCCCAAACCCACGGUUUUAUUCCCGUUCCAAUCCUGUAUGUUCCUUUUCCAACAGGUGAAAAGGGUCCUUGAUGUUUCAAAUACUAGAACGGCGAAAUAAGUAGAAAUAAGGAAUCUAUAGAUACAUUAAGUCAUACCGACUUCCAUCGUUACCCUACGACUCUGCCCCCAAAUAAUCUAUAUAAGUCUUCUUAGUUGUUGCUAUUAGAUACUGCAAGCCUUACGUGUUUACGAGUGAAUAUUUUAACCGUUACUAGGCCUAUAAAUGUUGCUAAAUCUAUUUAUCAAACAAUAGUUCUAUAGCAUUAUAUUAGACCAAUGUGUUACCGUUGUAUUAGCUAAUAUAAGUUGUACAUUAUAAUAUCUGGAUAUAAUAUAAAAAUUAAUGACAAGUUUUAGUUAUUAAGAUAUAGAUUAUCACAAAUAUAUAUUAUAUUACAGUUAGGAGAGAAUUAUUCACCGCGUUUGACCAACAUUACAUCUUGUUUAUAUAAUAUCGAGAUAAUUAAAGGAUUACUUAUUACAACACAGAUAAGGUAGUGAUUUCCGAAUGUAUUUAUCGUAGUGAUAUAUCAUCUGUAUAGUGCACGAUUUGAAAAUACAUAGAAUAAAUUUAAAUACAACUGUUAUUCACAUUGAACCGUUUUAACUAGUCGUUGUAUUGUAAAAUGUAAUACUAUUACGAUAUAUUAAAGAACAUAAUUGUAAAUUGAACUUUAAAGGACAGUAACAUUAACGUUUUAUGCAAUAAAUAUUGUAUUCGUUUGCAGUGCUCUAGUUGAGACUCCUCUCAAUUUGUUAGAAAAAUAUUAGAUGAAUAAAAUCAACUGUAAACAUUAACAGUUGAUACAUGUACGUGCUAAAGAUUGAUAUAAUUCAUAUUAUGUAUAACAACGUAUUUUUUAAUUCAAUUAUUCAUUGAUAUAAUAUUAGUUAAUUCAGGUUUUUAGAUAUAGACGUGAAUUAAAUUAAAUAUGUGCUAAAUGCAAAAAUGCAAUUUUGUCAACAGCAAUAAAAGCUAUUCUAAAUGUAACUGCCUGGAAAUGUUAAGUAUGUAGUUAAUAAUUAAAUGAUGUAUAUUAAUAUUUAUUCCUAAUAAUAAAAAUCUACUAAUUAAUUUAAUGAUCAAUAACACCAGUGUAUUUUAAGAUAAACAGCGGUAUUAUAGUAUUUAGAAACAGUUCAUUCCAACAGCAUUCGGUCGUAUAGAAGGAGCGAAGAUCAAAUGUAUAUUGUGAAAUAUUUUUUUAUUAGAACAGUGUAUUUGUUCCUCUUUAUAUUUAGAUAUAGCUGAUGUAGGCGGCUUGUUGCGCUUCGUAAAUUGGCCGCACGUGGUCUUACCUAGGAAGUUUCUGGGAGAGUUCUAAAUAAUUUUUGUUCAAUGUAAUAAUGGAUACCCGGUUACGGACUAAGAAUAUCUUUUGACUGAGUUUAUAUUUUUAGAUUUAAAAAACUCUUAUUUUGAUUAUAUCUACGGUGAAUGGUUUUGUUAUUUAUUUAGAUAUUCUUUUCUUAUAAAAUUUUCAAUAAGUUUUUUCGAAGACAUCGUAGCUAUACUAUAACUUGCUAGGUACGCCCAUAGGUUAGAUGUGCAUAAAUAAGAUUUAUUAUUAUUGUAUUAUAUUUUCCUACACACAUUAUAAUAUUCGGUAACGUUUUUCGAAUCGGUAAUUGUUGUCGCCAAUAAUAGGUAAUUGUUUAUAAAUAUACGACUUCAUUCAUUAUUGGUGGAGUGAAGCGGUUUUUUUUUAUAGUAUUUUUUAUAUUUCAUUUAUAUUAAAUUGAUAUGAAGUCAUGUUUAAUUUUGUAUUAAAUUGUUUCCAUUCUCCGAGUGGUCCAUAAUGUGAUGUAAUUUUUACCACCGGUGCUCGCUGCUCUAGUUGUCUACUUGAAGCUUAAAAUAUGACACCAAAAUAUGCUUAAUUUUCAUAGUUAUAGUCACCAUAAUUACGUUUUCAAUUUUGACAUAUAUAUAAAAUAGAAAGAUAAUAUUAUAUAUUUUUUGAUUAUAAUUUUAUGCUAGUAAAUUUUCACGUUUUAUGAAUUUUAGGUCAAGGCGUAAAUUACAUACCAAUGUACAAGUUGAGUAGACCAUAGAUUCUAGAACCUCUAUCGAUACAAAUGUACCUAUAUCAUAUUAUUUUAUGCACUCCAGUUUUAUAAAAUUGUAACAAUAAGUCAAAUUCACAUUUAUUCUCAUUAGAAACAGUAGUGGAUACAGUGUAAUAUUUUCUAUCAUAAAAUAAGUUUUCCGAGACCUAUUAAAUAUGAGAGAUGGAAA